AUGUCACUGACAAUUUUUUACACAGAUUAAAAAUAUAUAUAAAUUAUUAUUAAUUAUAUUUUUUAGAUUAAUAUUAUUCGAGAUAAAUAAAAUUAUUUAUAAAAUUAAUGUAAUUUUUAAUUAAUUAUAUUUAUAAAAUUAAUACAGUUUUUAAUUAAUUGUCAACUGAAAGUAAGUAUAAUUUUCAUUAAAACCGUAAAGUGACAUUUUUUUAACAAAAAAUUAAAAUGAUAUUUAUUAUAAAAAAAAAUAUCACUUAAAUAUUAAUUAUUAUAAGAUCUCUUUUAUCUUCUUUUCUUUUGUCUAUUGACGAUCUUUAUAUUACUAUUUGUCAUAUUAGACUUUAUAUAGGUAAUAGAUUUAGAGUCUAAUUAUUUAAACAUAAAAGGUAGACCAAUAAAUCUACAGAUAAUUGUAAGUUUACAGGAAUAUUUGACUAGUCGAAUUAUCCAUGGUUUAUUGUAAGCAUAAGCAAUAGUGCAAUAGUUCACUUUGCUUAAGCUCCGUGUUGUAUUAUAAAACAUAGAUGAAAGCGGUAGAAGGUACGUACGCAGUGUUACUAUUACUGUGGUUAGUUUGAAUGGGUUGUUUUCGGGAAACCCAGGCUGUUUCGAAAACACAAGUGUAAAAAACAUGUGGAAUAUUAUUAGACCAUAGCUGUCUGCUCUUGGUCCCGUUAUCAAAACUUUUUAUCGUAAGAUUUACUUUUCUUCCCGUCCCUCUUUGCCCCUUUCUCUUCAAACACUCCUAAAUAAUAUUCACAAAAAGUUAAUGUUUUCGUUUUGAAAAACUCUUAUAAUUGUAGACCACUGAUUCAUCAUAUAAUUCAAGAGACAAGACCCCGCCUAGAAUUUAGACGUUUGUAGAUAAAUAUGAAAAUAAUGUCUCUCGUUUUUAAUAUGUUCUAAAAAUUUCUCUUAAAAUUAUUUAAAUUCGUUGAUCUUCAAGAUUUAUUUAGUGGCACCAAUUUAGAAGUAGUUAGAUUCAAGGCACGAUGUUCAAGUAGUAAUACUUGAAUCGGUCGUCAAGAAUAUUUUAUAUUGGAUCCUCGUCCUGUGGCACGUAUAUAUAGCCGUAGAUAUGCUUCCGCAAUGUUAGUUUGCAUUUUCUUUUUUUGCAUUUAGUGGAAGCUUACUCUAAAACCAACCCGAUUUAGAAAGUAAUCAGCUUUACAAAUUUUCUUAUGGUUCCCGUCCCUUUAUGACAGUUUCAUUUGCGUAAAAUGUACUUUCAGUUAACCAUCUCCAAAUGGCUUACUCUAUUUUUACUCUAAAAUAAAAUAAUUCUAUAAUAGAGUUUAAGUUUACUCCAAUGAUAUUCUAUUUUAACGUAGAAAAUAGAGUGAUAAACAAAAAAAAAACAAGUUACUCUAUAUUUGGAGUAAACCUAUUUUAGUGAGAAAUAGAGUACCAUUGGAACAUUUUUACUCUAAACUCUAUUUUAGAGUGAGAAAUAGAGUGAGGUUGGAAAUGACCUUAAACUAUAACACAUACAUUUCUCCAAAAAAAUCCACAACACAUAUAUACGUAUGUAUGAAUAGUAUUCAUUGUGCUCACUUGAUUACAUAUCUACAUUACUUACAGGUUAUAAUAACAACGUCUUUGUCCAUAUUGAUUCAUAUUUAUAUGUGGAGCUCCAAAAGCAAAAAAAGAUGAUCACGAGUCCUUCCUCCUAGGACCAACGUAGCAAACCUAGUGUUAAGCAAUCAAGGAACUAAUCUAGAAUUAAACAAGUAAAAAGUAAAAAGCUCAUCCAUAUAUUAAGGAGAAGAACUUGACCAACGAUAUAUUUAUAAAAGAAACAAUUCCACCCAAAGUCACUUUUUGACUUUUUAUAACACUAUAAGACACUUAUAGCUAUUAGAGCAGUUUUUCACUUUUUUCCACGAGAAAUCACAUAUGUGGAGCAUACAAAUUCCAAAACUAACCUUUUUUUUUCAAAUAGUAUACCAUAGUUCUAUUAUAACAAAAUCUAAAACAUUUCGUUAAGUGAAAAAAUAUAGUAAGUCCCACUCUCUCUUCUUCAUCCAGAUUUGCUUUUCAGAUUUCUUUUCCAACAUAAUUCACUUCAUAUGAUUAUCUAUGUUGUUCGAUCUAUUUUUUUAGAUGUACCAAGAUGCUAGUCUGAUGAUGGUGAUGAUGGUUAAACGGUGACAUAGACGACGGUGGGAGAACAUAGAUGACGGCGGAGACGUUGGCAGUAGGUGACAUCGACGACGACAUAGAUGACAUAGCAAAAUUGUUGAUUUCUCAAUUGUUUGAAGGUUUGUUAAUGAUGGUCAUAGACUCGUGGGACAAAGGUUUGUUCAGUUCUCUAAUUACAUCCACCCAUUUCCUCAUCUGUACUCCCAUCGUCAACACCAUAACCGUCACAGCACCGCCGUAACCGACGCGAGCUCUCCUUCACCCCUUUCUCGAUACUUAUCCAUGAAUCAUCAUCUCCAUAUGGUGGAGAAUUUGGACACUCCGACACCAUGAAUAAAAGCUUUGACGCUUUUGUAAGUUUUUUUUUCUUAUGUUGAGGGAUUGAGUGAAAACCUGCUUGAAAAUAUCAUUUUAGUCAUGACAUUGAUGUACACAUGGAUAUUGUAAGCUGUGGAUAUUACAAACCGGUGUACAUGUGGAUACGUACACGUGGACAUUAAUGUUGUCCAUACAUAUGUUGCAAUAUGCAAAUACAAGAACAAGAUUUAAAAAAGAAAUAUAAAAUGUUGAUAAAAACAUUCCUAAAAACAUUUACAUAGUCAUAGCACAAAAUAGUAGCAUAGACAAAUUUCUGAAAUAAUGCAAUCAAUGCAUUGUCUAUAACAAGUUUUGUCUCUUUGAUUUCACUAACCUAAUAGAGAAGGAGGAAAAUUAGUUGCUUAAUCCUAUUUAGAAUGGAAAGGUUUGUAAAGCAUAUGUACGGUCAGUAGAACGGUUUGUGAAACAUAUGUACAUUUGUUUAGUGUAAUAUGAGUGUUUAAUUGUGGUUCUACAUAUUUUUGUAGUUUUGCUUUGUAUCAGUUUGGCUUGUACGCUCAUUUUCUAUAUAUAUAUAUAUAUAUAUAUAUAUAUAUAUAUAUAUAUAUAUACAAAAUAAAAGUAAAGAGAAGAUGAAAUCAGACAUAUUGAUCAAGCUUCUAACUUCAGUACAAUAGGAUGAUCAAGCCUUCUCGUUACAAUGAUUGCUCUAGACUUCUCAUUAGGAUGAUCAAGCCUUCUCAUUAUGGUCAAAGAUAAUCAUUUACUAGUUAACCAAAAGAAAUCACAUCAUUCAGGUUAUUAAACAAGAUUUAUAUGUACAAUAAGAUUACUAUCCAUAUGUACACUAUUUAUUUACUGUCAGAGUGUACACAUUUAUAACCUGAAACAAGUUUUUUUCUCUAAUUGCACUAACCUAAUAGAGAAAGAAGAAUAUUAGUUGCUUAAAUCCUAUUUAGAAUGGAAAGGUUUAUAAAGCAUAUGUACGGUCAGUGGGAGGGUUUGUGAAACAUAUGUACAUUUGUUUAAUGUACAUGUGUUUAGUUGUGGUUGUACAUAUGUUUGUAGUUUUGAUUUGUAUCAGCUUGGAUUGUACGCUCAUUUUCUAUAUAUAUAUACAAAAUAAAAGUAAAGAGAAGAGGAAACCAGACAUAUUGAUCAAGCUUCUAACUUCAGUGCAUUAGGAUGAUCAAGCCUUCUUGUUACAAUGAUUGAUCUAGCCUUUUCGUUAGGAUGAUCAAGUCUUCUCAUUAUAAUCAAAGAUAAUCAUAUACUAGUUAACCAAAAGAAAUCACAUCGUUCAUGUUAUUAGACACAAGAUUUAUAUGUACAGUAAGAUUACUAUCCAUAUGUACAUUGUUUAUUUUCUGUCAGGGUGUACACAUUUAUAAUAUUCACAAACUAAAGCGUCAUGAAAAGUAAAACUGAAACAAAACAGUGUUCAUCGACCGGUGCAAAGAUCCCAUUGCCUUCUCUUCUGCAAACACACCUAUCUCGUUGCUCAAAUCAGAUUUCAGUGGCUUUGUAACUGCCAACAAUCGGCUGAACCAUCAAAGCUAUCAUCUCCUCUGUUUCUGAGAUGAAUCUCCACCAUGUUAAUGCAACAGAUGAAUCUGCCACUGAGAUUCUUCUACUCCACCAUCUCCAGCAUCAUAUUCACAUCCAACCUUCCUCUCAAGUUACCAUGUAUAACAAAACCAUGAUCAGAUUUCAACAAAAGUGAAACAUGAGUCAUUAUUAACUCAUGUUUAGUUUUUCAAUUUGAGUUUGACGAAAAUUCUUUCAAAUUUACAACAAAAAAGCUGUAGAAAUUACAGAUGAGAACCUCAUCUAGCAAGAUAACACCAGCCAGAAACUAUAGAUCUGUGUUGUUAACUUGUUGUUAUCUCUUAGCAAAACCUCUUCCAUAACUAAAGAAUUUCUUCUUGUCUUGUGUCAAUUGGUUCCAUAUUACUUUAGACAACACAUCUGGGCAACAUCAAACCUAAGACUCCAUAAAACUCAAUUUUUUGUAUAGAUUAUUAAAGCCUCAAGCUUCUUGCCGGAAAAAAAAGUUCGACGUUUAGUUUGACAUAUCUGAAAAAUUGAGAGAGAGAGAGAGAGAGAUAUUUUACCAAUUUAAAAUUCAACAUAUUUUAAAACCCACCAAAAAAAUAACAAGUGAGGAAACGGAAAAAAAAAAGAAGCCAAAGUUCAGUUUGCUACAGUUGAGAGGUUAUUGGUGUAAUUAACCACCCGAAAGUACCUCGGUAGUUAUAAGUGUCCUAGAGUGACAAUAAAAACUUAAAAGUGACCUGCAAUAUUAAUAACUCUUUAUAAAAUAUGAAGGAAAGGAAAGCCAUCCAGUUGUAUUAACGACAUCCUUAAAUGUAUAAAACCAGGAUGCUUUAUGUGCAUACUCAACGAUAUAUAGCGAAACCUUUAUAAAUUAAUAAUGUUGAGAUUACACCAGAAUUAUAAUUUUUUUAUUAAUUUAUAAAGAUAUUAAUUUAUCGAUAUACUAAUUGAACCAAAAAUUCAAUUUGAAACCAUAAAAUUAUAUUAUUUUAUGUAAAUUUUUAGUAUAUAUUAAUUUAUAAAAUAUUAAUUUAAAAGGUUAUACUGUACACAGUUACACACGUCUUAUUUACGGAAAAUGUUUCCUUUUUGCUAACGGAAAAUGUUUCUUGUUAGCACGAAUUAAACUAUCCGACGUGGCUUUUAUAGAAAACAAUUUAUGGCAAAGGUAAGACAUUGUUUCCGUCAUGAAAAGAAAAACUAUGGCAAAGGCUAAAAAAAAAGACAAGAAAUAGUAUGAAAAUACUGCGUCGUCAGAGAAAGAACUUUGUUUUAUACAACUAAAAUAAUUUGAACCUUUAUAUUCCGGUAUUAAUAUAUGUUUAUAUUUUUGUAUUACUAUGGUUUCGUACAACCAAAUUUGAUUAAGCUAAUUACUAUGGCUUCGUACAACCAAAUUUGCCGAAGCCGAGCGAAUUAGUACAGUAUUAUUUAGAAUCAAAUAAUUCAAUAUUCCAGUUCAUUCUCUUGCCUUCAUCAUUUCCAUUUUUUCCAUUUAUAGUUUUAUUUAAACAUCUCUCUUCUCUCUCACUCUCUCUAGAUCACUACUUCUUCUCCCUUAAGCUCAAUCACAACAAACUCACAAUCAAAUAAAAUAAGAUAUAUAAACACACAAAGAGACCGGCCUCCAACUGAGUCAGAAGCUUUAUCUCUCUCCCCCUACAUCCUUACUUUCUUCUUGAAACUACAGACAUGGACGAUAAGUGGAAGGUGUCGAAAAAGGAUGCAUCGUCGUCAUCUUCUAGUUCCUCUAAAUCCAAGUUCUCUAGAAGCUUCUCAACGAGUGCUUCAUCCACAAAGGCUCCUGUAUUUAUACGGAGCUCGUCGACCAAAUGCUCAGUGCCAUCUUCUUCAUCCUCCAUCUCCAGAAGCUCAUCGAAGAAAGAGAAAGGAUCAUCGUCAUCUUCCAUUACCCAAAAGUACAGUAGCUUGGCCAAAGAACAAAAAGGAAGGUUUUAUAUCAUGAGAAGGUGUGUGGCUAUGCUUGUCUGUUGGCAUAAACAUGAUUCCUAGCUUAGAUCUCAUGCAUUCUACACUCCUUUUGUUUGGUAUUAGAUCACUUUGAUUCUGUACUCUAGGUUGUUGCUACAAGUUUCUAUACUAAGUACAUUGUAAGAAAGAGAUUCUUUUGAUAAUUAAUAUAUUAUUGUUAUUAUUAUUUUGAUAAUUAA